GCGCGUAUGCUCCGCUUCCACCCUGGAUCAGUUCGCCAAUGAGGCCGUUCUACUGAACCGUGUUGGUCGCCAUCCAAACAUUGUUCGGAUGCUGGGGAUGGUUAAGCAGAGCAGACUCGAUGGACUGCCCCUGAUUGUCCUGGAAUACGUCGGUGGCCCUAAUCUGUUGGACUUCCUGCAUUCGAAGCUAAAGCAGGCCGGAUCGUCUUUGUCGGGCAGUGCCGUCUCCAUAGUCCACUAUGACCUUGUCGGGCGCUUGUUCCGUGCGGACCUCUUCUCGAUUGCCGUGGACAUAUCUCACGGCGAUCUGUCCGCUAGAAAUAUUAUUCUAACCGACGAUUUCCAUGCGAAGCUCUGCGACUUUGGCCUAGCCCGGUCGUACGACGACUCCCCGAAAGAAAAGGUCUCGCCAGACUGCGGUCUGCCCAUCCGUUGGGCCGCACCGGAACUGUUGACCAACCCUCCCGUACGGCAUCCAAAGAGUGAUGUCUGGUCCUUCGGCUUACUGUUGUGGGAACUGUUUUCUCUGGGCGCCACCCCCUACCCCACCUGUGUGACGGAGCGGGCAGUGGCUGCCUGUGUUCUCUCCGGUUGGCGUCUCGCUGUGCCC